UUGAUUUUAUGAGAAAUUACUAAAGUAACCUUUGUUGCCACCUUAGUUUUAAGACACUAUUGUUAAAAUUGAAAAAUGUGGUUGUAAACUCUAACCAUUCUGCUGGAUUGAGCACUUCUGAAGCUUAGAUUCUGUGGGUAAAUUUUUAAUUAGCUUUUAAAAUUAAAAUUAACUUGAUCAAGCGAAUAUAAGAUUAAACAAAUUUGACACUCUUCUUUUGAUGGAUGUAUUAUAUUAAAGGUAAAGAAGAAAAAGCAAGAGAGAAAAAAAAGAAGGGUCUUGAGCUGGGUUUGAGGGGUUUGACUUUUCUUCCCCUUUUUUUCUGGACUGAAAUGGAGGCUUUCUUUCAGGCGAAUUCCCUAGUGUUUGCUCCGUGUGAUCUGGCUCUAUCUCUGUUACUGCUAAUAUGUGGCAUGGAUUUCAAGUUGUUUGGAUCGGAAUGUGCCCAAACUGUUGCAAGACCGGAUUCACAGGCAUUUUGUUGCAAAACUGGCUUGUUGCCUUCUGUUUUCUUUUUCUGUGUGCUAAGUAGCUGCAUUGUUUGUUGCAGUAUAUGCAUUAGCUGUUUGUGUUCAGUUUCCUACAGGCUGACAAAGUGGGAGGGGCUUUCUUUGAUACAUGGCUGAGUUUUCACUGUGUGAGUUCUUGAGUGCACGCUGCAGCCAUCUUAAUUACACUUGUGUGCAACUGAGACUGCAGCUGUCUCAAAAUGGCUGCUGACCCAGUCUCUGAGGCUGCUUAGGCAGCAGCUAUGCCUGUGAAGAGACUUGUCACAUGCACCAGGGGCUGAGAUUCAAAAUGGAUAGUAUAGAAGAACCUCAGAAGAAAGUCUUCAAGGCUCGAAAAACAAUGAGAGUGAGUGAUCGUCAGCAGCUCGAAGCAGUGUACAAAGUCAAAGAAGAGCUGCUGAAAACCGACGUGAAGCUUUUGAAUGGGAACCAUGAGAACGGAGAUUUGGAGCCUGCGUCACCCUUAGAAAGUGCAGAGUGUAGUCCAGAGAGAGAAGAAGUGAAUGGGAUCGAAGGGAUUUGUUCUGAGUCUGAAGAAUGUAAAACAGAAGUGAAAGAAACACCUUGUAUUCCCAGUGUUAGUGUGAAAAACAAGCAAGAAUUGGAUUCAAAUAGUGAGUCUUUGUCUCCUAGUGUAACUUCUGGGCUUGCUUCUACACUAACCACUGAACCAACCUCUGGUAGCCCAGCCUCUGGUAGCCCAGCCUCUGGUAGCCCAGCCUCUGGAGAGCUGCCUGCAGGAGAGCUGCCUGCUGGAGUACCAGCCACCGGCGACUCUCCCUGUGAGGAGUCCCCCUCGAGUGAUCCCUCCUCCCGUGAUCCCAUCUCUGCAGAUACUGCUUCUGAAGAACCUGCCUCUGAUGAUCUUGCCUCUGGUGGUUCCACCUCUAGUGAACCACUGUCUGGUGAACCACUGUCUUGUGCACCACUGUCUGGUGAACCAGUUUCAGAUGAAUCAGUUGCUGGUGCAGUGGCAUCUUGUGAACUGGCCUCUGGGGAACCCUCUUCUGAUGAUUGUGUUCCCUCUGGUGAUUUGCCUUCCGAUGACCUGCCUUCUUGUGACGAAUCCUCUGGUGGUCCUGCCUGUAGCAGACUGGCUUCUGGUGAGCUGGCUCCCGGUGAGCUGACUGCAGAAUCAGCCGCUGAUACUUUUAAACCAAGUGCUGUGCCAGUUUGUGAGCCGAUUCCUGAAACUGACAAGGCAGAGCAGAGUAGCAAUAACAAUGAUGAUUGUUCAGAAAAAAAUGAAGACAGUGAAAACUUAGACCAAAUUCAGAGUAAAGACUCAUUUGAUGAGGAAGAUAAAACUAACAGUAAUGUUAGUGAGAAGGAAGAAACUCUAGAAACACAUAGUGCAAUUAUUUGUUCUGAUCUACCUCCAGAAAAUACGAAGAAGGUAGAGGAAGAGCCCAUUGCUGAGCUUGCUCUUGGAGAAGAGGCCAUCUCCAGCAGUAUGGAAGUUGACCAAAGUGAAAAGGAUGAUGGGGAAAGUCCUGCAGAAGUUGUAGAAGUUGUCCAUGAAAAUGCUACAGAAGACAAGAGGGAGACUGCCUUAGAUAACACGGACUCUAUGGAGACGGAAGAGAUCAUCCCUAUUCUGGAAAAACUUGCGCCCGCUGAGGAUGAACUCACAUGCUUUUCAAAAACGUCUCUCCUUCCAGUUGAGACAAGUCAAGAUUUGGAAGAGAAAAUGGAGGGUUCUUUUGGCUCCCCAUCUAAACAAGAAAGUAGUGAGAAUUUGCCAAAAGAAGCCUUUUUGGUCCUCUCUGAUGAAGAGGAUAUUUCAUGUGGAAAAGAUGAGUCUGAGUCCGAAGUUAUAUCACAAAAUAAGCCGAGCUCUCCAGACGUAGGAAGGAGUGAAAAGGACAGCAAAGCUGAGGAAGAGGAGCGAGCGCCCGAUGGGGAGCGGCCACCUGUGAGAAAUGAGGUUUCCAGACGGAAACGUUCUAAAUCAGAAGACAUGGACAGUGUGCAGUCCAAACGCCGGCGCUACAUGGAAGAAGAAUAUGAGGCAGAGUUCCAGGUCAAGAUUACAGCCAAAGGAGACGUUAACCAGAAGCUUCAAAAGGUCAUACAGUGGUUACUAGAAGAAAAAUUGUGUGCUCUACAGUGUGCUGUGUUUGAUAAGACUUUGGCAGAAUUGAAAACACGCGUGGAGAAGAUAGAAUGCAACAAAAGGCAUAAAGCAGUUCUUACUGAGCUACAGGCCAAGAUAGCCAGAUUGACCAAACGUUUUGGAGCAGCCAAAGACGAUCUUAAGAAAAGACAAGAAAGCCCUCCAAACCCACCUAUAUCACCAGGAAAGCCUGCCAGUGAUGUCAGCAGCAAUAACAAUGUGACCUACAGAAAUGCAGGCACAGUGCGACAGAUGCUGGAGUCCAAAAGAAAUGUUAGCGAGGGUCCACCACCAUCCUUUCAAACUCCUGUGAAUACAGUGUCUUCAGCCAGUCUCGUCACUCCUCCGGCAAUUGUCAGUAGUCAGCCUAAACUGCAGACUUCAGCCACCUCAGGUUCUCUGCCGGCAGCAUCUCUUCUUCCUGCUCCCAGCACAGCCACAGUAGUUGCCACUACUCAGGUGCCUAGUGGAAACCCUCAGCCUACAAUCUCGCUGCAGCCCUUGCCAGUGAUUCUGCAUGUUCCUGUUGCCGUAAGCUCUCAGCCUCAGCUCCUACAAAGCCAUCCAGGGACUAUAAUGACGAAUCAACCAUCUGGCAGCGUUGAAUUCCUAUCUGUGCAAAGCCCACCAACAGUGAGUGGACUUACCAAAAACCCAGUACCCUUGCCACCCAUGCCAAACCCCACCAAACCAAACACUCCGUCAGUGCCCAGUCCUGGUGUUCAGAGGAACUCUUCCACCACUGCUGCACCCUUGGGGACCACACUUGCUGUACAAGCCGUUCCAACUGCACACUCUAUUGUGCAAGCCACAAGGACUUCUUUACCCACAGUGGGCCCAUCUGGACUCUAUAGCUCAUCAAACAGUCGAGGCCCAAUACAGAUGAAAAUCCCAAUAUCUGCUUUUAGCACUUCAUCUUCUGCAGAACAAAAUAGCUCUGCCACCCCAAGAAGCGAAAACCAGACAAACAAAACAGUAGAUUCUUCUGUUAAUAAGAAAGUGGCAGAUAGCACAUCACAGAGUGGGAAAGCUUCUGGCAAUGAUUCAAGUGGUGUCAUUGACCUCACAAUGGAUGAUGAAGAGAGUGGAACUACACAAGAUCCCAAAAGACUAAAUCAUCCUGCGCCAACUCUGAGCACUUCGCAGCCCAUGUCUCGACCGUUGCAGCCCAUUCAGCCAGCACCACCUGCUCAGCCAUCUGGGGUGCCGACAAGUGGGCCAUCUCAGACAACUAUCCACUUACUGCCUACAGCUCCAACCACCGUGAAUGUAACACAUCGUCCAGUAACUCAGGUGACCACAAGACUCCCUGUACCAAGAGCUCCUGCAAAUCACCAGGUGGUUUAUACAACUGUCCAAGCACCACCCGCUCAGACUCCCCUACGAGGAACUGUUAUGCAAGCUCCUGCUGUCCGCCAGGUCAACCCUCAAAAUAGUGUUACAGUUCGAGUGCCUCAGACAACCACGUAUGUUGUAAACAACGGCCUGACCCUGGGAUCAGCAGGGCCUCAGCUCACGGUGCAUCAUCGGCCACCACAAGUGCAUACUGAACCCCCACGUCCUAUGCAUCCAGCACCCUUACCGGAAGCCCCACAGCCACAGCGUCUGCCCCCAGAAGCUGCCAGCACUUCUCUGCCUCAGAAACCACACUUGAAGUUAGCACGAGUUCAGAGUCAGAAUGGCAUUGUGCUGUCGUGGAGUGUCCUGGAAGUGGAUCGAAGUUGUGCCACUGUCGACAGCUACCAUCUCUAUGCUUACCACGAGGAACCCAGUGCCACUGUGCCCUCUCAGUGGAAGAAGAUCGGUGAAGUCAAAGCCCUUCCCUUGCCCAUGGCUUGCACCCUCACUCAGUUUGUGUCUGGCAGCAAGUACUACUUUGCAGUGCGCGCCAAGGACAUUUACGGCCGCUUUGGGCCUUUCUGUGACCCUCAGUCCACGGACGUGAUCUCUUCCUCCCAGAACAGCUAGACCUUGGAGCCUUUAGCUUCCUCUUUUCAAAGUUCCACAUUUUGGGCUUGUUUUUAAUCUUGUGCAUGAAAUUCAAUGUAAAAUCCACCUUGUGCAAGAUCUCUUGGACAGAUGAGUGUACACACUACGUUUGUUUAUAACUGAAGUAUAAUAAAUUCAGCCCAUAAAGCAAGUCUUCCCCUGAACAAGUUAAGCUUCAGGGGUUUGAAAUGUAAAUUGGUCUUUGCUUUAGUUAUGAGGCUGGGGAAUUUGUAUGGGUGUUUGUGUGUGUCGUCUUUGUUUCUUUUUUUGUUUUGUUUUAAUUUUUAAAUUUCUAGUUGUGUGUUUAUCACAGUGCAAUCUCCCAUUUUCACUCUCAAUUUACCUCUCUUCUAGUAGGAAGUAAAUAGAUGAAAGACUCUGAGGUAUGUUGCUGGUGUGGUUCUGCCUUUAAGGGGGGAUCUAGAAGAUCAAAGAAUCUAAACAAAACCCAAAGAAAUGAAAAAGAAAAAUAUUUAGCAUAAAAUAGAUGAAUUUGAACAGAGGAUGUAUUCUCUCCAUAUUAUCUUUGAUUUCUUCUGAGUUGCUGAUUAGGUGAAAAUGUUGGACCUGCACCCCAAACUCCUAAUCUGGCUUCUUCCUGCAUUUGUGUUGUGCCUUACAAGCUACAGAAACACACAGACCCUUUGCCCACUGUUUAUCCCUCUUCCACCUUUCAUUCCUUCUUCAUCGCCACCUCGAAUUCCACACCCUUUACCAUUUGAAAACCAAGGUGUUGAAGUGCGUGUGUUUUCCUCAUCUUCUGUAACAUCACCAGAUUUAACUCCAAAAAUUUGGCUUACUGUUUUCUUUUAAGGACAUACUUUUAUUUUUUGCCCAUUAUUUAACUCUGCGUAUGCACAAAAUAGGCCAUGCUGUUUAAGAAAAGUUUUCAUUAAACUUGUUUUGAUAUCCAUGUUGCAUUGUUAGAGAACCUUAAGGAAGUUCUGGUUCAUCACAUCACUUGUGGGAAAGGGUCCUUUCCAAGGCAGUAAAUGUUCACUUUCGUAAAAGAGCAGGGGCUCAGAGUCUCCUCCUUCUCUGCGGCCCUUCCUCCCUUCUGUCUUCCCUUGGUUGUGGUGGUGCCAAGUGGGUCCUGGUUUCAGCAGCGUCGGAUAGAACUUAAGCAGAUCCUGUUGGGUCAUUGCACAUAGUUCUUAGAUCCAGUCACUUCAGUAUUCCUCAUUCCUCUGCAAAGUUCACAGAUGCAGGCUCACCCUUGCGUUUCCAAGGAAUGCCAGCUGCAGGGAAAUCGGCUAGGUACUUUAGAGCUGAAGACAUUAGGGUGAGCGCUUAGGGAUGUGUGAGGCCUUGUGGAGUUUGUGAAGUCACUUUCAGGCUGUCUUCCCUUACAACAUUUUAAGUCAUAUUUCUGCUAUCUCAAAAUGCAUCAUCAAUCAUUCACUUUUCCUGGCAUUGAAAGUGGGGAGCUCCGUUUCCUUUGUGCAUUUAUUCCUCUGAUGGUUAUAGCAGGAAUGGUUGAGUUGUGAAGGAAUUGUCUUUGGUGACUUUUCACUGGUGUGCUGUCAUCUCAGUGAAUUUUGGUUGAUGAAGGAUGCCUGAAGUUGCCAAAGUGUAAAUGCUCCUAACCUUCCACUUCGAGAAAAAGGAGACCACAGGAGAAUCAUUUUUCCCCAAUGAAGUGUGGCAAGCAUUGUGUAGGAAGGACUCCUUAGAUCCAUGAUUAUAGUAAAGUGUUGUCAGUGUUAGGGCAAUGAGAUUGGAAAGGAAGAAAUUACUUUCUAACUCUAUGAGCACCUCUCUGUACCAAAAUGUCUGUAUCGUCACGUGUUGUGGGAGGCACAGGAUUGGUAUUCUGUUCAGCAUCAUUCCUGUCUAUGUAGUAGAAAAACAUAUUCAAAAUUGUUUUCACUGGCUGGUCUGCUCAGUAGCCAAUGGAAGUUUCCCUGGAUGAAUGUUUUUAUUUUUAUUCACUAAUCAUUUUAUAUUUUCUAGGUUGUUUUUUUUUUUAAGUUUUCAUAGUGUUAUACAAUCAGGCGAAGGAAGCCCAGUGGAAUUACUAUAUUUCAUUGCUUUGGCUUCUACUUGGGGUUUUUUUUUGUCAAAGGAAAAAAAUGUCAAAUAAUGGCUCUAGAUGUAGAUUUACUGCAGAAAGUAGUUACUGAAAACUUUAUUCCAGAUUGGAAAGAAUGUAUGGAGAGAGACUGUAAUUGUUGAGGGGAACAUACACUUGUGGGUGCAGUCUCCUCAUAUAACCUGUCCUGAGGCUUUGGGCAGCGGCCUUGUUGGGUUUCCUGGGAUGUGCUAGGCCUUUCCUUGGGGCAAAUGUAAGUGCUGAUGGGCAUUGGCUUUCGUCUGACUGUCCUGGGGGAGGAGGAGGAGGAGGAGGAGGAGGACUUACCCAGAAGUAGCUGCAGGCUCCAGCCAUCAGGAUAUUUAAUAGCACUUCACAUUAGGGGCCUCUCUUUUACUCCCUGGUAUCUCUUCUCAAAGUGUUACAAAUAAGCUCAGUUGUCCCAUUUUGGGAAUUCAAGUUUGCUACAUUUUUAGCCUGACAAUACUGGUAAGUAUUUCCUUACUGGGAAUCCUGGAAACUCCUGAAAUUUCGCGUGAAUUGUCAGAUGUUUAUACACUAAUGAAUGGUAACAGUAAUGUUUGUCACUCUCUACUUGGAGCUUUGUCAGAGCCCUUCUCACCCUGUUUAAGUGUGAGCACACCUCUUCCAUCUGUGCUCUUGCCAGUGGCACACAAAGACAGCGUCCUUUGUGACAGUUACCUUACAACUGCAGAAUACUUCGUACUGUGUGAUGUAGUAUGAAAGAAACAAGAGCUUUCUUCCUUGAAAAUACUUGUUGGGAUACUGUUUACCUCACAGAGAGGUAUCCUCCACAAACCCCUACCCAUGUGCCAGAUAAGGGAUACCUUUAAAAACAUGUAUCUCGGGAAUUUCAGGUGCAGCUCUGCGGAACUUUCUUGACGUGCUGGAUGGCUCCUCAUGUUGCUUGCUCCAUUACUCUAAACGUCCUCGAAAUGAUCACUUAAAGAAAGGGUCAGUGCUGCUGCCUGGUAGGCAUUUCACUUCCCAUGGCUUUUCCAGGACUGUGUAGGAUUGAAAAUGCUGUGUGUGGCGCGCUUUCAGAUGCUGUGGUCCCACCCCAUAGGUACUACAAGAAAGCCUUCCCGUGUUCUCGCUGACUCCUCCUGUGGCCAUUUCAGUAUCCUCAAUAUGAUUUUUUUUUUUCCUGUUUCCCUGUGGUUGGGUCAACUGUUUGAUUCUCAUGGAAAUACACAUGUCCUUGUGCAUAGAUAAUAACUGUGUAGUUGUUUGUGAUUCUGCCUUCCUUAAUUAUUUUCUGGGCAAAUGGCUUUAAAGAAAUAUUUGAGCGGUGCACACAAGAUCGGAGCAGUUACCACUGAGGGGUUUGUCAGUGGAGGAGACUUAACCUAAUUCUUAAACUCAUCCCUCGAGCCAGCUGGAGUCAGGAGGAGCUGAGGACACACUGCUCUCAUCUUCAAAUGUUUUAUCAUGUUCGAGCUUUUGUUUUUGUUUUAUAUGUAGAGAUAGCUGAAUACCUAUCAUUUAAAUAUGUAAAUGACCCCUCCCCUUUCCUUUUGUAAAUAAGGGAACUAAGCAAUCAAACACUUUCUGGAGAUCCUAGCUUGAGGAUUUUACCAACAAUUUCAAAAGGAAAUGUAAAAAUAAACCCCUCGUAGGAAAACUUGCAUCCUGAUUUUUGUUUGUUGCAGUUGGAAGUGUAAAUAAUAAGAUGAUGUAAGACCUUUCUAAGGUCUAAUAUUAACUGCGCUGUAGCAAGUUGCCCCAUUUUUUUUAUUAGGUUUUGAAAGUUUUAAUUUUCUUUCCUAAAUGUACAGUAGAGUACUGUCUGUGUAAAUGUUAACUGUAGUGGGGAUUUGUCCAGCAAGCCUGAAAUUUAUACUUUGAAAUAAAUGACUGGGUUUUUAACA